AUGGACCACCAGAUGAGACUGUGUGGACCUCGUGUGUGCAGAGCUGUCUGGCUCUGGGCCGUGCUGCUCUCCCUUCGGGACACCGGGUCUUGGGGUCUGACCUCUGGCCCUGGCACUCUUCAGUCAGGUCCACAAGCAGAGGAGGACUCGUGGGAGACGCUCCACAGACAGAAGAGAAGUUGGGUCUGGAAUCAGUUCUUUGUUCUGGAGGAGUACACAGGCAAUGAUCCUCUCUAUGUUGGCAAGCUUCACUCAGAUGUUGACAACGGGGAGGGGAACGUGAAGUACGUUCUCAAGGGAGAGGGAGCCUCUUCCAUAUUCACCAUUGACGAGAACACCGGAGACAUUCAUGCCACCAAACGGCUGGAUCGGGAGGUGCAGGCCUACUACACACUGAGAGCCCAGGCAGUGGACAGCCUGACCAGCCGGCCAGUUGAACCUGAGUCCGAGUUUGUUGUGAAAGUCCAAGACAUCAAUGACAAUGAACCCAAGUUCCCCGACGGUCCUUACACAGCUGGCGUGCCUGAGAUGUCUCCUCUUGGUACCCAGGUGGUCCAGGUGACUGCGACAGAUGCAGAUGACCCCACAUAUGGGAACAGUGCCAGAGUCAUCUACAGCAUCAUCGAGGGCCAGCCGUACUUCUCAGUGGAGCCAAAGACAGGCAUCGUGAGGACAGCCCUUCCCAACAUGGACCGCGAGUCCCGGGACCAGUAUCUGCUGGUGAUCCAGGCUAAAGACAUGGUUGGGCAGAUGGGAGGCCUGUCAGGAACCACCUCUGUGACGGUCGUGCUGACAGACGUGAAUGACAACCCGCCGCGCUUCUCCCGCAAGUCUUAUCAGUACACGGUGUUGGAGUCGCUGCCUGUGGCCUCCGUGGUGGCCAAGCUGAAGGCAGCAGAUGACGACGAAGGCACCAAUGCGGAGAUGGACUACCGUAUCGUGGACGGAGACGGCCCCAGCGUCUUCAACAUCACCACCGACGAGGAGACCCAGGAGGGAGUUAUCAUUUUGCAAAAGCCUCUGGACUUUGAGACCAAGAGCAGCUACACCCUCAAAGUAGAAGCCACCAAUCGCUACAUUGACCCUCACUUCCUGACCUACGGUCCCUUCAGUGACACGACGAUCAUUAAGCUCAUAGUAGAGGACAUCAACGAGCCGCCCAUCUUCUCCACGCCACUCAGUAAAAUGGUGGUGUCAGAGGCUGCGAAAGUUGGCACCAUAAUCGGGAGCGUCUCAGCUCGUGAUCCAGACGUUACCAACAGUGGCAUCAGGUACUCCAUCGACAGAAACACUGACCUGGAGCGCUUCUUCAAUGUGGACGCCGCAACAGGGGUCAUCAGCACCGCCAAACCUCUGGACCGAGAGGUCAACUCCGUCCACAACAUCACCAUCUUCGCCAUGGAGAGCCAGGACCCGUCACAAGUGGGGAGAGGUGUGGCAAUCAUCACAGUGAUGGACAUCAAUGACAACGCCCCCGUGUUUGCUAUCGAGUACGAGACUCUCUUGUGUGAAAACUCUGCUCCAGGGCAGGUCAUCCAGACCAUCAGCGCUGUGGACAAGGACGAGCCACCCAGUGGCCACAGGUUCUACUUCUCCUUGGCCGUCCCUGCCACCAGCAAUCUGAACUUCACCCUUCGGGACAACAAAGAUAACACGGCGUCGGUGCUCACCAAGCGCGGGGGCUUCCGCCGUCGGGAGCAGUCUCUGUACCGCCUCCCGGUUCUGAUUGUGGACAGCGGCACGCCAGCCUUGAGCAGUACCAACACGCUGUCGGUGCAGGUGUGCGACUGCGAUGCGGACGGCGUGCCCCAGGCGUGCGGGGCGGUGGCCUACUCCCUACCGGCCGGCCUCAGCACUGGAGCGCUGCUGGCUAUCCUGGGCUGCAUUCUCACACUACUAGUACUGGUCCUGUUGAUCGUGACGAUGAGGAGGAGGAGGAAGGAGCCGCUGAUCCUGGAGGACGAGCGAGACAUACGAGAGAACAUCGUCCGCUACGAUGACGAGGGGGGCGGCGAGGAGGACACCGAGGCCUUCGACAUGGUCACCCUGCGCAACCUCAACAUCAUCCGAGACCCCAAGACGCGCCGCGACGUGACUCCGGACACGCCCACUUUCUUCCACUACCCGCCCCCUUCCUCAGGCCCCCGGCCGGCCUACAAGACCCUUCCGGAUAACCUGUUGUUCCGCGAGUUCAUCUGGGAUCGGCUAAAGGAGGCGGACGUGGAUCCCUCCGCCCCGCCGUACGACUCCCUGCAGACGUACGCGUUCGAGGGGAGCGGCUCCGUGGCCGAGUCCCUCAGCUCGCUCGAGUCCCUGAGCUCAGACUCCGAACAGAACUACGACUAUCUCAGCAGCUGGGGCCCGCGCUUCAAGAAGCUGGCUGAUCUCUACGGCAACAUCGAGGCCAACGGCUUCUUCUCCUAG